AUGAUUUAAGAACAAGAGUACAAAAUUUAAGGAAUUAAUUUAAAUCAAUAAGAAUUAAAAACGUAAAAUUAAGAUAUUAAAGAUUAAUUAUAAAAUGAAAUUACUAAAAUUAAUAGAAAUGAUGAUGAUGUAUAUAAUUAAGAUUUGGAUGAUAAUGAUAAAGUUUAGAGGGAUAAUAUAAAUUAAGAGGAUUAAUAAUUUAAUGAAAAUAAUGAAAAUAAUAAUAAAUAUGAUAAUUAUGAAGAAAAUUCAUAAGGAUCUAAGAAAUCAAGAAUAACAAAUAAUUAAGAGAUAAUAAAUAAUAGCUCGUCAUUUCAUUAAAAUGAAACUGAAGUAGAUUUUAAUUUUAAUGAUAUACCAAGUUAGAGAACUUAAGAAUUUGGUGAGACCUAAAGAGAUAUUGAAAAUGAAAUAGAACAAUUAUCUGAUUCAUAAAAAUAAAUAAUUAUUAAAAAGAAUGAAAUUUAACCAGAAAUUAAUAAUGUUCGUUUUUAAAUGACCUUAAAUCUAUAAAACUUAUAGGGAUAAUAUAAAAAUUACAAAGAUGAUUAAUUAGAUACAGGAAGAACAGAUGAUAGUAUGAUAAACUAAUUAGUUGCUUAAGAUAGAGAUUUAAAUAGUAUACAUUUAGUUAGACACAAUUCUGAAACUAAACCCUUAUUUAAAAUGAAGAAAUAACAUCUUUAUAUUAAUGACAUAAUAUAAGAAAAAUAAGAAUCAGCAACUCCUGAUAAUUAUACAAGAUCUAUAAAUCCUACACCUAAACCUGGUGGAAGUACAAAACAUUAAAAAAACUUAUAUUCUUUUGGAGUUUAAGAAGAUCUUAGGUUUAGAUAAGGAGAAUAAAUAAGACUAUCAGAGAAAGAAAUUGAUAAAGAUAGAAGAAAAAAAGAAUAUUAAUAAUAAAAGAAAUUGUAAAUACAAUCAGAAAAAUUAGAUGAUGAAAAAAUAAAAGAACUUUAAAAGAUAUUAUAAUCCAAGUUAGAAAUUAAAUAAUAAAAAGAGAGUCGUAUAUUAGAGUAAUCAUUAAAAAUAAUGGAAUUUUAAUACACUCUUGAUCAUAUUCCAGAUAUUUAAGAUUUAGAUGGAAAUAUAGAUUCAUUUUUAAGUAAUAUUAUUAAUGAAUUUAUUGAUUGUCAUAAAAGGAAUAGAUAUAAAAAUAUAUCAAAUAUGAAAGAUCCUCAAUUAGCAGAUUUGAUGAGAAAUAAAUUUUAGGAAAUAUUGAAGAAAGAAGAAUAAUAAUAAUAAUAAGAUCCAUAGAUAAUAUAACAAUAAUAAAUACUUGAUACUGAGAUUAAAUAAAAAUAGCAAAUUUAAUUUAUAUUAUAAUUGCUAUUUUAAGAGUAUAAACUAUUAAAAUUAAAAUCUCUUGAAUUAAAUUAAGAAUAUUUUAUUUCUUAACAAAAAAUAUAUGGAAAAAUGAAAAAACUAAGCAUUAGAGAGAUAUUAAUCCCUUAAUUAAAAUAAUUAGAUAUUGAUUAAAAUCGAAUUAUUAAUGAUUAUAAAAAUAGUAUUUUAUCUUAAGAAAAAGAUUUUAAUGAAAAUGAAUUAAUUAAGUUUAUUCAAUCUGAAAUUAAAAUCUAAUAGGAUUUUCAUCAUUGUAUAUAAGAUAUUAGAAAUAUAUUUAAGGAAAGGAUUAAUUAAAUUAAGGAAGGAGAGUAAGUUAUGUAAGAAUAACUUUUAUAAAAUUCUUAAAAAUAUUGA